GCGAGCGGUCACAUUGUUGGCAUAGUCGAGUUUUUUCGCACAAUUCAUUUUUGUGGAAAAAAUUCCAAAAUGACCACAAUUGCGGAUCUAUUUACAAAGUACAAUUGCACAAAUUGUCAGGACGAUAUCCUGGGCAUCAGAGUGCACUGUGCAGAGUGUGAAAAUUUCGAUCUAUGCUUGCAAUGCUUUGCGGCAGGAGCAGAAAUCGGAGCCCAUCAGAACAACCAUGCCUACCAGUUCAUGGAUACGGGCACCUCCAUUCUCAGUGUCUUCAGAGGCAAAGGGGCGUGGACGGCUAGGGAGGAGAUCCGCCUGUUGGAUGCCAUCGAGCAGUAUGGCUUUGGCAACUGGGAGGACAUUUCGAAGCACAUUGAGACCAAAUCCGCGGAGGAUGCCAAAGAGGAGUAUGUGAACAAGUUCGUCAAUGGAACGAUUGGUAGAGCCACCUGGACGCCGGCCCAGAGUCAAAGACCCCGCCUCAUCGAUCACACCGGAGACGAUGAUGCCGGUCCCCUGGGCACUAGUGCUCUGGCUAGUCUUCCGCCACUUGAUAUCAACACGGAUGAAGCUAUGCAGCUGGGCUAUAUGCCCAACCGAGAUAGCUUCGAAAGGGAGUACGAUCCCACGGCAGAGCAGCUUAUUUCGAACAUCACUCUGAGUUCGGAGGACACGGAAGUGGAUGUGAUGCUUAAGCUGGCGCACGUGGAUAUCUAUACCAGGAGGCUUCGAGAACGAGCUCGCCGGAAAAGAAUGGUAAGAGAUUACCAACUGGUCUCGAACUUUUUCCGCAACCGCAACUAUGCUCUGCAUCAAGGACUAACCAAAGAGCAGCGAGAGUUCCGGGACCGUUUCCGGGUUUACGCACAGUUCUACACCUGCAAUGAGUACGAGCGCCUGCUAGGAUCGCUGGAGCGCGAGAAGGAGUUGCGCAUCCGGCAAGCGGAGCUGUACAGAUACCGCUAUAACGGCCUGACCAAGAUCGAUGAGUGCGUUCAUUUCGAGCAACAUGCGGCAAUGGCCACUCAUCGCUCUACAGGGCCCUAUGGCCAUGGAAAGACUGACCACACGCAGCCCUCCAAUGGAAGUCAUCGGCCGCCAAGCUCUUCCUUGCACUCCCCUCUACCGAAUCUCAAAAAGGUCGAACUGUCAAGCGGCGUCGAGGCAAGUUCAAGUUCAAUCGCACCAAGAAACAUGCUCCACACCGCCGACCCGACCUGCUCCGGAGGAUUAUUGCCCAACAGAAGUUACUCGGAUAGCUGUCGGACAUUGUCGGCAGCUACGACAACGAUGCUGCCGACGACCGGGAUGGGACAGGGAGUGGGAAUGGGGAUACUGGACUCGAGCAGCCAGGGAGCGACGACGGGAGCGAUUUCCGCGGGUAUGACGACCUCAGCGCAGGCGAAUCUGCCGACGAACUCGGCGAAGGGAAGCCACCUGCUGCUGCACCACCACCAGAAUCAAAACUCCCAGCUCGUGCAAAAAAAUCAACUGCCAAACGAGGUCGUCGGAGGAAACAGUGAACCCAGUAUGAGUCUGAAGCUUCGCCAGCAGCUGGAUGAUCUGAAACACCUGCCGCAGCCUCUCGGCAGCAAUCUUCUUAGUCACAACGAGCUGGAUGUUUGCAAGAAGCACAACAUUACACCAACCACGUACCUUUCUCUAAAGACCGUUUGCCUGAGCGGAGCUCCGUCGCUGGGCAGUCCCAUGGAGACAUCGCUGCGCAAGUUCUUCAUCAAGUGCGGCUGGCUGAGCCACUAGUAUAUCCAUUGCCAAUUCUUAUGCAUAAUUUUAAAGCAACACACAGGCAUUUGCUAAACUAAGGACUUAACUUUAUUGUAUCAUCGUUAGCAUAAGACCACAUAUAUUUUAUACUGUUUAACUUUCGUUGCCAUUGAGAGGUAAAAACUAAAACUUGUAUCAAGUCGAGCUCAAUUAGCUGAGGUUCUGUUCCUUUUGUUGUGAGAGAUGUCCGGGGAAUGGGAUGUAUUCUGUAUUAACUUAUCCAUAAGUAGGUAACCCAACCAAUUGAAUAUGUGAAUAUGUAUGAUGGAGUAUACAAAAUGAAGUGUAAUAAAUAUAUUUCAACACUACCUGUGUCUUCAACUACGCUGCUUGGACAUUAGCACCAAAAGCACUUACUCGAAAAAUACGCAAAAUAUAUGUACAUAAAAAAUAUUUUAAAAAUUUUAAAACCAAACUGACGCUUUGAGUAUUUGAACUUGUUAUUUCUGUGAGCUGCGUCGA